GCCUGCAUUUGACUGACCGGCUUGCUUCUAGCUCUGAAUUUUGUCACGGUUCGUGCGCUUUGACAGCUAAACUUCCCGUGAAACUAAUUAAUCUGCAAGUGCAUCGAAUUAUUCGCACCGUACUUCCUUGAGACAUGUCUGGAGAUUCGUCAGAAGUAAUAGCCAUCGACGGAAGCGUCAUGGAAGGGGGUGGACAAAUCCUCCGCAUGGCCAUCGCGUUCAGCACCCUGUUUCGGAAGCCUGUGCGAGUGUGGAACAUCCGAGCCGGCCGUAGCAGUCCAGGAUUGAGGCCGCAGCAUCUCAGUGGACUGAGGUUGGUGAGGGACAUCUGCAAAGGGCGCCUGGAGAAUGCCGCCAUUGGAUCGACAGAAGUGACCUUCUACCCCGGUCCGAUAAGGGGCGGAGAGUUUACCGCCGACACGGGAACAGCUGGGAGCGUGGUGCUGCUGCUGCAAGUGGCUCUCCCGUGCCUGCUGUUUGCAGACGGCCCUUCGACGCUGUGGCUUCGCGGAGGAACCAACGCGGAGAUGGCGCCCCAGAUCGACUACACACUCUCGGUUUUUCAACCUGCUUUGCAGAAGUUUGGGGCUGCAGUCGACAUCCGUGUACUUAGAAGGGGCUACUUUCCCAAGGGAGGUGGCCAGAUCGAAGUCCACGUGGAGCCAGUGGCAGCACUCAAGCCGGUAGAGCUGGUUGAGCCGGGGAGGGUCGUGAAGGUCACGGGAAGGUCGUUCGUGGCCGGGAUGUUACCUCCCAAGCUGGCGCACGUAAUGGCCGACACCGCAGCCGGGAUAAUACAGAAGCGGCUGCCUUCGAUCGACGUGUCAAUCGAACGAGUCAAGGAAAACGAGGCCGACGUGAUGGGCACCGGCAGCGGGAUCAUAGUCAUGGCCGAGUCGUCCACUGGAUGCUACAGGGCCGGGAGUUCGCUCGGAAAGAGAGGGUCGCCCGCCGAGGCCGUAGGCGAAGUGGCGGCUCGUGACCUCCUGCGUGAACUCGAGAGAGACACCUGCGUCGACAGCUACCUCCAAGAUCAGCUGGUGGUGUUCGCGGCACUCGCAAGCGGGAAGUCGCGAAUCCUGUCCGGGCCGUUGACGCUACACACGGAGACGGCCAUACACGUUGCUCAUCUACUCACAACGGCCAAGUUUUCGACGGUGCCAAAGGGGGACUGCGUCAUCUUGGAGUGUGAGGGAGCGUCCUGCUCUCCCACGAACGCGUAAUAAAAACUUAAUUUAUCGUUAA